AUGACUUCCGAGUUCCAAUUUGAAAAACUCAAACCCAAGAUCAUCUGCCAGAACGAUUCGGAGGCGUGUCAAUUGGCACAAUCCGAGCUAGCCUCAUACCUCAGCAAUAUCCUCUCGUUCGUAGAAUCUAAGGCCGAUGAACCUGGCACUGACGACCUCCUUGACCUCCUUGAACAACUACAUCUUCUCUUGAAAUACUUAUUGGAAACAUACGGAAAAACGACAAACGUUGCACUUCUCACGGUAGAACUGGAUAAACUACUUGCGAAAGAUUAUGCAUACAUCUUUUCACUAAUGCUUGAGAGUGCCCAUCCAAAAUUCUCCACAAAACUCAUUGACUUGACCAGUCGAAUGAGUGACCUUGUCACUUCUGACGUCAAAAAGAUCUCGCUUAAAACCAAUUGGUACAGCUCUUUGAAGCACCUGGCCAUCAUCGUUCUUCAGUUCCUAUUUGACAAGUUCAACGGCUUUCUUAACUCUUAUAAAGAGGCCGUGUUGAACUCGCUUUACAAGCAUUUGACAAAGUGCCAUGACAAUUACAACUCUGCGAUUGAGGGAAACAUAUUUCGAGCAAAUUACUUCACGGACAUGGUGAAAUUGGUGGACGUACUCUGUGCUAAUGAUAGCAGCACCAACUUACUGAACGAAAAGCUUUUUCACAGGUUGCUCAAACUUACUAAAUAUGUCACCAUGAGGGACGCAGAGUCUAAAUUUGUGUAUCCUUUGCCUGCCAUUAUUCACUCGUUUAAUAUUUUGACUACAUUACUCAAGUCGGAUCGUUACGUUUCCGGCCUACCAUCGAAGAAAACUGCUAAAAAUCCAACCUAUUAUUUGACCUCUUUAAGCAAGUAUCUUUACCAGUUUGUACUAUCGAUGGAUACCGAUCACAAGCAGCUAAGGCUUUUACUAGCGAAAAAUUUGGCCAAUAUACUUGUUUUCGACUAUGUGGUGUUUGGAGCCAGUACAGGCCAGACUGACACCGUUCUAAAGUCAUCAGUCUCAUUCUUACUCUCAAAUUAUAUGAAGGAGACAAGCACCAAAAGUAUUAGAAUGGGCAUUCUCGAAUGUUUGGUUCAGUACAUUUCCAAAUUGAACCUAUAUUAUCAAACCAACAGCCUCUCCAGCGGUAGUGCCGGUGAUCAUAGCAAUUCUGGAAUCAACUUCGCCGCCUACAACUUCUUUGAUAUUAUGCAGGUCAUGUACCAUUACAUUUUUGGCGUUGGUCAGCCACUAAAAUUAUCAAACAAGGGCCCUGAUAGAGAUUCAUUGUUGUAUACUGUCACCAACACAACUCAAAUGAGUGUGGCACUGAAAAUAUUGGAUGAAUUGAGUAUGUUCUACUCUUUCAUGCUUAGAGAACUUGAUAGCGAUGUCAACAAACUUAUUAUUUUGGCGACAAUCGUUCUUGGUGAUGAGAAGAACGCUUCACUAACUUCAUUAAACUCGUUGCUGAAGUCACCGAUCGAUGAAUGUCCCAACGAAUGGUAUGCUCUAUCACUACUAGAAUUUUCUCAGGCAAUAAUAUCUGACAUAGGCGAGUAUGUGCUUACUCGCCAGGAUGGUAUAUCUGAUUCUCACGAGGAUGUCGGCACUCAAGUUGCAGGCAAGCUAUUCGAGUUCUGCAAGAAUGAAAACUAUAAACUCAGGGUGAAAUCUGCCGAAACGCUUGUCAAACUUGUUCAGAUCAAACCAGAACUUUCUUUCAAUAUUCUCAACACCUCAAUGGAUAAUCUUGAGCUUUCAUUCGAUGAGAAAUCUGGAAAUAAGGGGUCAUGUUUCAACGAAAAUCACGGUUAUGCCUUCCUUAUAUCAUUGCUAUUGACUUCCUGUCCUAAUGACCACAUUUCAACGGACCUUGUAUUGAAAGUACUUACCCUAUGCACAAAUUCUCUCAAGAGGUUCAAUUCUUCGGUGGUUUCUAACAAUCUUCUGGGUGGUGGAGCUGGUUCUGGCGUGUUCAUUUCUAAUGCCAGUUAUGAAAAGCAGUUGAUCAGUUGGAUUUUGAUGAUGGGCCUUUUCAAUUUUGCAUCCACGUCCUCUGGGGGCUCUGAAGGAAACUUAUUCUGGUUAGAGAACUCCCAAUAUCUAGGCAUUUGGAAGAACUUGUUGGGCCAUUCGCUCCCUUCCGAAUUCGUUCAGUAUGACUUAGAUAUACAUGGCCAUAAGGUCAUCACUAAUGUUGGUGAGAUCGUUAAGUUGGUGGAGAUCAAGAACCAUGCUCUUGCAUGCCUCAUAACAUAUAUUGGCUUUCUUUCUGGUUCGAAUUCUUCCAAGACUCAAGUUUUCGAUGACAUUUAUUCGGGCAGCCAUCUCACCCCCGAGAUUGCUAAACAGCUCAACCAAUUACUUGCCAAAAGCUUCAUAUUUCUAAAGAACUUGAAAGCACAGGCUGAGAACAACUGUGAUUUGCCACCUUUCUUGGCAACCAGAAUGAAAUUGAAUAAACUGAGGAUUUAUGAAGCUUUAAUUACACUCAUGCCAUUCCUCAAUAUUCGAAAUGACUUGAACUCUUCAAUUCUCCUUCAAACUGUGAAUGACUUUUCAGAUAUCAAUGCAUACAGAUACAACUACAUUCCAGUUGACUUUGCAAAGACCGCAAAGGCUAAGGAGACUUACAAAUUAGACGAAUACGAGAUAUAUCGGGUGGAUGACGGCCUUAAUUUUGGCAUGACUAGCAAACUCAAUGGAUUUGGGGUGGACGAACUUAUGAUUAAAAGGACGGGAAUAAACCAUUAUGAUGCCAUUGACAACGGAAAAGGCAAUAAAGAUGACGAUCAUGACAUUGAUAUCAUUACAGCACCAGAAUACCGAAUGGUAGAAUCUCCUCGUAUAAAGAGCCAUCUUUCUCCGGUUUCUGUUUUUGAUACGUCUUUCGAAUCGUUUUCUCGCGGGACUUUUGCUCACAACUUUAUCCACGAUCCAUUAUUGUCGUUGAUGCACGAUGGCAGCAAUGGUCCUGGUUAUACCGAGACUAUGCAAUAUCCAGUGGGAAACGGCACCAUGAUUGUGGAUCUGGCGGUGGAAAUAUUUGCUAUGGCUUUUCCCUACUUGACGUCUAAAAUCCAGCAGUCUGUCAUAGAGAACAUGAGAACAGCCGUCUUUUACAAGUCGAAAGAAAGCAGAGAUCUUACCGAAACAGGCAAAGAGACACCUGCAACAAUGGCUUCCAAACAAGUCAAUAUGUCUCUACUGAUGAGAAAAAAGGCCGUUACUGUGAACGUCUCUAUGGCCAUUCAUAGUUCUUUAAGCUUCAUGACGAAUAUGAACCUGCAGAAUUCGACUUUGAUGCCAGCUUUAAGUAGUGUCGUUGUUGAGCUACUUGCUAAAACAUUGAAGAAUUUCGACAGCAACGAUGCCUACAUGGCAAACUUGAACUCCGAAAGUAUUGGUAUGUGCUGCGCUUUGAUUGAUAUCAAAACUGAUACAGAUGUUAUCACUAAUCAGAUCUCUAUGACUGUCAACUCUAUUAUUCAAAACAGUCAGCCUCUGUUGAGGUCAUUCGACAUCAAUACCCUUGCUAGCAUUGCAAGGUUUACUAAAGUGUCGAAUCGUUUCAAUAUUAACGGGACGUUACUCAUUUUGGCACUUGAUCCUCACCCGAUGGUGCAUGCAUCCGCUCUAGAUGCUAUAGCUACUCUUAUUUCCACUCAGUCUCCUACGGAACUAGAUACCGAAUUUUUAUGGAAAGUUUUACUUACUUUGGAGAAAAUAUGGAUUGGUGACUCUUUUGGAAUUCAUGCUACUACAUCGAUCUCCUGCAAUAUGAGUUACAGGGAGCAUUUAAGUUCGACAGUUCUCAUUAGCAGAGUGCUCAGAGCUAUAGUAAAUCUUGCAGGGCCACUAAUCUGCUCGUGGCCUGAAAGUUAUAAAAAGAUUAUCCACAGUCUUCUACUUGGACUUAUUUACCUUACCACGGAUAACUUUGUGGUUGUUUCAAGAGAAUUGUUGAAGACGCUAGAAGAGUUGACGGUAUUUGACAAAACAUUGAUUUCUCCGAGUGUCUACCGACGCUUUAUCAAAUUUCUAUUGCUCAACAACUUUAGGGUUGGGGUGUACGGCCACGCACUGAGCAGCUUGCCUUUGAACAGUGACGACGACAACUCUUCUAUUUCAGAGCUCUUUCCUGUUACGACAAGCGAUAUAAUUUGGAAAAUGGCAUGGGAAUCAUACCAUCAGCUGAUCAGAAUCAGCCAGAAGGGUACAGGAAUUAUCACUGAUAGAAUGGAGCUAUUACUAUGGAUUUCCUUGGAUCAUGAUGCGUCCAACAAAUCGGUGAAAAGAAUUCUCAAACAGCUACUAGAAGACUGCAUAUCGGGGACUGGCAGCACCAAGCUUCAAUGGCUUGAUAAAUUGAUCGACUAUUUCAAUAUCGCUAAGUCCGAUCUUGUUCACACCUUGCUUGAUGUUUUCAGGAAGAGAAUUAACAAUGGCGGAAUGUUCUUUAGAGCAUCAUUAUCCACCGCAGUGUCUGCAACUCGGGGUUCUACUUCUAGGAGGAAAACACAGCCCGGCAUUGAUAGUUCUUCUGCAAUGGGCACAGAUACUUCUAGGAGAUCGAUAUCUCCCAGAAAUUAUGACGAUGAGGACGCAAACGCUGAUGCCGAGGCCGGGGGUGCGUUGAACGGCCUUGAUGAAGGGUUAUCAUCACAGUCGAGCGAGGCCCCGACAAUUUCAGGACCGGCAGCGAAAGCUGAGGAUAUCAACUCUCAAGAUAGGAACUUCCACAAUUUAAGCGAUUCUCUACAGCUAUUGGAUCUUGAAAGUGAGCAAACUUGCUGGAGAUUCAAAUUAGUUAUUGUUGAUUUGUUGAAUGACCUGCUCUCCUAUGCCUACUCAGAUGAAAAGCUUAGGUUACAUUUGUCUAAACGAGUUCCCGACUUUAUCAGAAUAUCCUUCAUUUGCUCCACUUCCAGCUUGACUACCCUUAGGGUGUCUUCUCUAAAGAUGCUUGAAAGCAUAAUUGAUAUAUAUGCCGACAUGAAGGACCCUUUAUAUAGGGAUGUUUCUAUUUUGGAUCAGCAGCAAGCCCAAAUAGUGACAGCUAUCAUUCCCGCCUUUGAUAAGGGAUCCACGGUGGAACUUACUUCUGAGGCAAUAUUGUUGGCAUCCAAACUUGUUACGAGCGGUGUUACUCCCAUAAACAGUGUCGGAAGGAUUUUGAAGAUAUUAACAAGUUCGUUGGAGGAAUUUGCCACCCAGAGCUCUCUUGGCAACGGUCGAGGUGAUGAAGCACAAGAGCUUAGUGGGAGGGGAAAGCCAAAAGUUGGUGAAAUGACUAUCACUUCUUUAAAGGCACAAAAUAAGAUCAAAGUUCACAUUUUGCAAGGAUGGGCUCGUAUUAUGGCCAAUGCCAAUCGGAACGAUGAACAAUUACAGAAAUUGGUGGCAAAAUACAGUGAAGUACUCAUACCAUUGUGGUUCUACUCUCUGAGGAAUUAUGCCAUGCUCAAGUAUGGUGAAGAAUACUCUUUGGCGAAUACCGAGGAAAUGGAUUUGGAGACCUUCCAGUCAAGUUGGAUAGACAUUUUAAAUGCGUUGGGAAAGGUUGCAGGAGAGGAGCCGGACAAGUUCACCGAAUAUCUGGGAGAUGAGGCUACCAAUUUCUUCUUUAUCGUGUUCGGCCAAUGUAUGGAAUUUUUGAUCAAAUUGUCUUCUCGAAAGCAAGUAAUUGAUGACAAGCAAGAGGCCAUUGUUUUAGAGUCUUUGCAGAAAUUGCUACGUUUGGAUAUGGCCCUUAAAAUCCUUUUCAAGGAUUUAAUAUUUCCCGAGUUUAUUGACCUUUUGGACAGGCUGGUUUCGAUAUCUAGCACCGAUAUUCAGCUUUGCAUCGUCGACCUUUGUAAGAACGUCUUUGAGGGAUAUUUCAACAUGCCUUCUGAUGCCUCCGCAAAAUUGCCAGACGAGCUUUCAAAUGAUGUUGACAGACUAUUCGAGCUUAUUAGGGUUAAUACUUUAGUGAUCGCUCGAAUUUUGCCAUUUGUGAGAGAUAGAUAUAUUGAUAUGGAUAAGAUGCAUCCCGUUUCCCAAUCGGAUUUGGUCUUACUGAAAAAAUCGUUUGACGCCAUAGUGGAAAUGAUUGGAUAUCUUCCUGACGUGAUGAGAGUGGAUCUCUAUUCAUGCAUACUCUACAUUUUUACUUUGAUCUAUCAGCUCGGUAAUGGAGAUAUCAUUUCGAUGCUGCUUCCAACGUUGAAAAGAACCAUCACUAAUUUUGAGAUGAUUGAUUCUAGUGAUCCAAAUUUGCUUAACUUUUACGCCACCAUUAAAGGCUACUUGAAGAGAGACACUAGUUAUGCCUUAUUGACCGUACUCAUUAUUGCGUCGACCUUAAAAAAUUUAAAACUAACCUCUGAUGAAAGUGAUGAGGUUGCUCAGUUCAUUGCGUCCGGGUUGACGUUGGAAGAUACUAACCUUGUUAUACUAUCGACACAGACAGUGAAGACCUUGAUUAAAACUCAGCAGUCCCAGAAUGGCAUUUUGGCGAAAUUGAUUCCUAAGUUGAUUCAUUUGGUCAGUAGUGAUCCUACAAAUCUGCAAGAGCCAAAAUUGGUGCUAGAGAUCCUUAUCACACUUGCAAAGUCAUUGAGCACAGAUGAUGAAAUCCUAGCUUCAUAUGAGUUGGUGGUUCCUACCCUUGUGUGGUUUUCUGAACUUAAUAAGAGAGUAUUUCUUCGAUACGCACACUUCAAGUUACUUGACUUCAUCAAAUUUUCCCCUAUUGUCUUCAAGUCAUUUAUUGAAAGUUCAUGCAGCGUCGAACUGAAGGCUAAGAUUGAACAAUUAGUUAAGCUAAGCCUGUCAUCCGCUUCUUUGAACAAUUCGCAACACGAAGAGCUUGAUGAAGGUUUCGAAGCGGAUGAGGAGAAUGGUCAGGAAGGAGAAGUUACUCACAUCAACUUGAAGAAGUUUGAAUAG